UGCCUUGCAGGAUAAUCGCUCGAUAUGCGAUUAUAUGAAAGCUCAAUUGAGAUAGGCGCGUGACAGCCGCCUAUAUAAAUUUAUAGGCAGCUUUUUCCUUGAAGCUUUCGAAAAGCACACAGCUGGCAGAAAAAUAAAGCUCCACUGAAAUCUGCUUGCGGAGCAACUGCGGCUAUAUUUGAUGCGCCUUUCAGACGCCCGCAAUGUGAGAUUUUAUUAUAAGUGCGACAAUAUUUUUGGUAGCUCUCAUCACCACUUUUCGAUGAGAACGUCGAAUUCAUGCAAUCUUUGUAACUUGUAAGUGUCAUUUUCAUUAUUUUGUAUCAGUGUCUCCAGCGUCUUGCUCGGUUGUGAAUAUUUUUUUCAGUUCAGAGCGCAAUGGAUCGUAAUAAACCGAGUUCCAGUGCUCGAUCCACGAAAAAGCAGAUAAGUCUACCACAAAGUGAACUUUUUGCGCUGGGCUCUAAAUCUGCCGGUAGCUCCAGAGAUGAUGGUAAAGGCAAGGCUAGUGUCGGCAGUGUGUCCGAACGUAAACGGGACUCUUCUGUACUGGCAAGUGCUGCGGUAAAAAAGAUUAAGCUGGCCAGUUCCGGAGGCGCUUCAUCGAAUCUUCCUGGAACUAGUAAGCCAUCAUCCGGUGGAGAUAGUUCUAGUUCCAGUAGUGUGCUUGAAUAUUGGGAACAGAUGGCACUGGACUGCGACUCGGUUGAUUUGGUGUCGUCCGUACUAAGUUCAAUUGAUCAACAGGAUAGUGACAGUGUUGUUGGAUAUAUUUGCGGUGCCAUCAAGUUACUGAUUUCGCCAAAAUCAAAGUCAGAAUCGGUUCUCUCACUUUCAUUGUUGUACCUAGCUAAAAUAAGGCCCCACUUGUUUUGCAACGAGACCAUCACUUCUGCCUUGAUUGCUGUAUUGAAAAGGGACAGUCAGAACUCGUUCAAGGGACGCAAUAAUCCGACUGUUCAUGUAUUGGCUUGCAAUCUGUUGGCUAGAGGUUACAGCGAUAAAAAGCAGUGGCCGGAAACUUUGAUUCGUGCGUACAUAGACGAUGCGAUGAACGAUCGAGUUUGGGUGGACUACGAAGAAUGUGCUCCCUUUACUGAUAAUUGUGUAGCUGCGUUUGGGACAAAAAUUCCACCUAAGUGGAUGCUGCAGCCGGAACUUAGUACGUUGAACCCGAGUGCAAGGGAAAAUCCAGCGCUCGAUGAGGAACACUCUACCGAUAGUGGAAUGUUCGGUGAUGCCUUGGGAAAAGAUGCAGAUGCGAAUCCACCACGUUUUGUCCAUAUUCAGGAUCAAAUCGAGAAGAUGGUAGUGGAUGCUGCUAAAGAUCAGCUUAACCGCAGACAGGCGCCUGAUUGCUCAACAAGAAACUUUCUCAAAUUUUUGUCUUUAGCCUGUGGAAUUCCGGAGAUUAGAGCGGUAGCUAUUCCGCGUUUAGAGCUAUGGAUUCAUAACGGUAAACUAAUGAAACCUGCCCAAGAACUGCUGACUUUCAUUUGUUACAAUGUUACCGGUCAAACUUCAAAAGAUCAAGAAGUCCUAUCCAAUUUAGUCAAGAUGAGACUCAAAACCAAACCGUUGAUUAAUAUUUUUAUGAUUUGUCUCAAAGAAAUGAUAAAUAGUCAGGAAGAAAUUUUAACGUUGAUGUUAAAAUAUGUGAUUCAAAACGAGCUUUCUAAUGCUCGAAACCCAAAUAAUAUGGGAAUGCUUGCGACUAUGUUCCAGGCAAAACCGUCGGAAUCUGCUACGCAUCUGGCGGAGAUCUACCAAGAAUGUCUCCUUCAGCGAGAAGAUGUGCUAAGAACUCUGAGAGUAUUUCUACGAGAAUUGGUCAAAAUGUUACGCUAUGAUAUCCAUUUGAUGGUGUUCUGUAAAGCGCUCCUGAUCAAUCGACCAGAUUUGACUCCACAAAUCGCAAAUUUCGAGUUCCGCGACAGAAUCUUUCACUCUAUUGCAGAUCUAAUCUGCCUUUGUAUGUUCCUUUCGGUUUCACCGCAAAUACGAGAAUCCAAUGCAUCAAUACGAAGCGGUCGAGAACCGAAGAGUUCACCUGCGUUAACUACAUUCUACCAACAAAUGUCCACGAUUCAGUUUGAUGCCUUGACAUGGAUGCACGAAGUAGUUCCACUUCUCUACAAACCAUCACCCAACGAUUUUAAAAUAGCUUUCCACAAAAUAUUGUUGCUAGACCCUCCAGAAGCCUACGCCAAAGGUGACCAAUGGCCACCAGAACCAGAGCGAGCUCCACUUCUAAGAAUAGUGUCGGAAAUUCCCCUACAACAGAACUCCAUGCUACGUAUUAUUCUCAUCGGCAUCACCAAAGAAAUCCCUUUCACCAUUCCGGACACGAUGGAAAUCAUCGAGCAACUCGUUCGCCGAGCAGGGUCGCUGCGUCACAUUGAUUACCCACCAUUGGAAGUGGCUAAUCUGGAAAUUAUUGAUCUCUUGUUCAAAAUGUCCGAGUAUCACCAUCCGGAUAACAUCGUUCUACCGCCAAACUAUGAACCACCAAACCUUGCCAUAGCUUCUUUAUACUGGAAGACCUGGAUCAUACUGCUUCUAAUAUCAUCCCACAAUCCAUCCAUGUUUGGAUCGUUCUGCUGGGAACAGUAUCCGAUGCUGCGUACUCUAAUGGAGAUGUGCAUUACCAAUCAGAUUGGACCGACAAAAUCAUCGGACGAAGAAUUACAGGUCUCUACCGGCGAAAAAGCGCACAUUCUUGAGUUUGAAAAUCAUCUGGCCUCGAAUGUGAUCACCGAACAAAACAGUCUACUACUAUCUCAAUUAAUUCUCAUGGAUCCCCGAGGAGUCGCCCGUCGACCACCAAACCAUGUGCUAGAACAGAUCCAAUCCCUUAACGUGACUCACCGAUUGGGCCAUCUGCUGUGUCGAAGUCGCAAACCUGAUUUAUUGCUCGAAAUUAUUCAACGUCAGGGAACAUCCCAAUCUAUGCCGUGGCUAGCCGAUUUGGUGCAAAAUAGCGAUGGGGAUUUUAACCACCUGCCGGUGCAGUGUCUGUGCGAGUUUCUGCUAUCCAAUUCCAGCACGGUUGUGGUGGAGAACAGCCGUGAAGCGGAACUUUUGGUAUUUUUGCAAAAGGUCAUACAGGACGAGACAGGCGAUCAUCAGAUGAUUUGUGAGAUUUUUGAGUACUUCCUGAGAAGGUUGUCUUCUUUUUCGAAUCAAGCGCGGAAGUCGGCCAUUCGGGGAUUGAAGCUAUUGCUGAAGGUUUUCCAAGAUGAUAACGACCCGGUACCUAUUGAAAGCAACAACUCUGACUGGUUGCUCCGCUAUUUACCGAUGAUUCCCCACUUCGUAUAUGUCCGACCGAACGUAGUGCUGCAACUACGAGCUGCCUGCCAGGUGGAGAACAUACCGGAACUGGUGAUGGUUUACAUUCAGUUCAUCGCAGCUCACACAUCAAUGGACUCGGAAGCAGACAUGCUGGAGCACGUGAUGGACAUGUCGCACCUGAUAGUGGAACGUAGCACCAUUUUUUCACACAUCAUUCCUACGGCAACCGAUCAAAGCGAAGGUCGGGUGCAGACCCUCAACUGUCUUUUUGUGAUGUUUAACAAUUUCCUGAUCAAGCUGAGGGAGUAUAAAAUCACACAAACUUUCACCGAGUAUCAGGACUUGCUGUUAGUGCAGUUUGCGGACGAAAGCCAAUGCCACAUACAUCUGAACAUAAUCCAAGCUUUCGUUAUACUCUUGACACACUCCACCUUCAUUCCAGUGGCCACACAAAUUCUUGACUACUGGUUCCCAGAGGGAGCUCCUCCUCCACAGGCAUUCAACAUUGAAACAUCCGAACCGGUACAGAUAUUGCCAGAUUGGUUAAAACUCAAAAUGAUUCGGAGUAACGUCGAUCGACUGGUAGAUGCGGCUCUAAUUGGAUUGACUCCCGAUCAAAUCGUUUUGUUUGUGCAAAACUUUGGAACUCCUAUCAACUCAAUGUCUAAAUUAUUGGCUCUGUUGGAUAGAGCCGUAAUCGAACAAUUCGAAGCGGUCAAUAAUGCUAUUCUGAACAAAAAAUAUCUGGCGCAAUUGGUGGAAAUCCAGCAGGCGAGGGGCGCUAAAAACGGUCACAUUUCCAUGCAAGCUUUAGAACUGGACGAUGAACCGGUCGGAGAUCCACCGAUGACGAAUGUAGAAGUGUUGCGGCCGGUUCAGCUCGAUUUUAGCGAAGAUCCGCGUUCUCGUCCGCAACCUGAUCCGAGCAAACCUGUCUCUAAGACCAAGGAGAUCGAGGAAGCUGUGGAAAUAAUCUUAACUCAUGCGACAAUCAGUAGGUCGGAUAUGCCAAAGUACCGAAAGAUAAUUCAACUCUUGAACAGUGGAGGAAAGUCUGAUAAGACGCAGGAGAACACGGCCAACAAGACUUUGAAUUAUAUGGGAAGAUUGUUGAAGAGCAAUCAGGGACAGUAUUUAAUCAAGAAUUGGGUUCAAAAUCCACAGAUGGUUUGCUUCUUCCGUUCACUGCUGGAAAUUCCGCCGGAAAAGUUUGAAAACUUAAACUACUUGCUGCAUAUUUUGGACGAGAUUAUCAAAUAUAUGAAUCCCACGACAAAUACAGUUCUUCUGCAGAUUUUGGUUGGUAAACGUCAGCAACUUAUAAAAGUGGCUCAAAAGGACAAUAUACAAGGCCAGGAGCAAUCUCAGAAUCUGCUACAGGUACUGACCACCAGCAAAGCCUCGGAAGUGGAACAAAAAGGCAGACAACAACUGCGUAAGAUCAGUAACGAAGAAGCGAUCAACGUAAUUUCUACGCUUCUGAAGGAAAUAAAGAUGGAAAACGCUGAAUCGCAAUUCGAUAAACGGGGUAUGCUCGUUGAUUGGUUGGCCGAAGCCGAUUCAGAACUGAUCGGAAUUAAUAAGGAGCUUCAAAUGGAUCUGCUGUUCAAUAGAAGUCUGCCAGAAUUUCGUCCAUAUUUGCUGUCGCUACUUAGCCAUCAGGCUAGCUGGGAGACUCUCUAUCAAACUAUCGAAAUUUUGAUGGAGUCAUUUAAUCCAAGUUUUGAUCCAUCCUCGGUUCUGGACUUUAUCGAUGCAAUGACCAGGAAUCCCAAACUCUGGCAAGGUCGGGACAAGGCCGUCCCGAAGCAUGAACAGAUUGAGUACAUUUUGACACUAAAAGAGAACCAGAUUAAAACUUUCAUUGAUUACAUACUAGCGGAAGCUGUUCAGCAACGAAUGUGUCAACGCGUAAAGCUCCUUCUUCAAUGUAUAGACAAAAAAUUCGAAUAUUUGAGCUCAAUGGUGGAAUAUGCCGAUGCAAAGAAUGAUCCUUCAUCUAAAAAAUUUUUACAGCAACUGUAUCUCAACAUCCCACCAAUGAAAUUUAUGAUGCCACACAUUCAUGGCGUUUAUGAUGCUGAUGUUCGUCAUGCUACCGGAUGUGUUGGGGAUAAGUUUGCUUACUACAUUCUAACUACGAUCACAAACCUUUCCAACCCGAGAGAUUUUCAACAAAUGUCUGCUGAAAUGGAACUAAUAGUUAGAAAGUUAUCUGCUUCUCAUCCAGUGCUACUACUGCGUCAGUUGUCAGUUUUGGCGACUAUGCUACAAGGUAGAGCCCAUAUGGAUCUGCAGGUUCUUCGUGCCGAGUAUCACUUCCAUCUGUUUCAUCAGGUAAUCGGAAUAUUGGAACUUCUACAGCCUCUGGUAUUCAACGACUGCUACCAAGUGGGCUUGCAAAACGCAUUGGAUUGCUACUUUGCCCUGCUUAGAAACCAUGGAAAUGUCAAAGAAACAUACACCCUGAUCUACCGCUUCAUGGAAUUGCUGCAAGCGUACAUCAGCUCAAACCCGAAAACGGCAAUCGAAUACGUACAAAAGCAUUCGGAUCUGCUAAACGAUCUUGCUCAGCAACACUAUGACCUGCAAUCUCUUCAACAGUUGGUGCAAGGUUUAUCCAUGCUUAAGCAACGCACCACCAAAGCAAUCAAAACCGAACCUGAAGAACCCAUUCCUGGAACAUCAAAAGACAGCUUUUCCGAUGAUAUCAAACCCAGCCAACAGACAACAGCCGCGGUUAUGAUGUCUCCGUACAUUAAAAGUGAAGUUUUACCCCAACACUGGCCGGAGCUAACGCACGCUCUACGUUCACGUGAUAUCGAGGACAUAUCCCUGCCUCUACUGGAAGUAGACGCACUGACCGUAAAACGACCGGCUCUUCUGGAAGACAUAUUCGAUGAAAUUAUACGCUUCCUAACCCAUUCUUCGGGUUCGGUUCGACAGACAGCGCACGGUCUGGUCACACGUUGGCUUAAGCAAAAUCCGGGAAAUUCUUCCACCAACAGCACCGCACUGACGGCUUUCGUUCAGUGUCUCUAUCAUGAGGACGUAGCCGUCGUUCAGACGGCUCUGGAUAAGGCUACAGAGUAUACACUAUGUUUGCAGGAGUAUGCUCCACAGAUUCUUAAAACCAUGUUUAACCUGGGUAUAGGAAAUAAAAUCAACACCUACAAUGCGAUCCGGCGCUGUGUGCAGGCACUUAAAAAGCAGCAUGCUUGUUGAAUGGUGAUAUUUUGAUUCUGUUUAUUGAUUAUCUACAGUAAAGUUGCAAUGAAUAAAUAAACAUUCACUUUAUAC